AUGCUCAUUGACAACUUCCUCUCCGUUUCUCUUCUUUCCUUUGCCACACUCGCGCUCUCCCGGCCACCCACUCGAGCAAGAGACCACGUCGACAAUGUCUCAUUCGGAGCAUUUCCUACGGUAUCCAGCGCAAUGCUCCCAUCCUCCACGUCUAAGCCAGCCUCAGCCUCAGCAUCUCUUCUCGCUCCACGCCGCGGCCGAGCCGUGAUUGUCAACCAAUGCUCGCAUCCAGUGUACCUAUGGUCCGUCGGCACAACUGUGCGGCCAGAGGCUAUAGUUCAGCCGUAUGGAAGAUACUACGAAACCUUCCGUCAGGAUACGGGCACAGGCGGUAUCGCCAUCAAAAUCAGUACCGUGCGCCACGGCCUGUAUAGCAGCGCGCCCAUGACCGUCUUUGCCUACAAUCUUUCCAACGAACAGGUGUGGUAUGAUCUGUCGGAUAUCUUUGGAGAUCCGUUCCGCGGCCACCCCGUCCGCUUGCAGCCGGCUGAGCCGCAGAUUUACUGGCGUGAUGGGGUGCCGCCUGCUGGGAGCCAGGUUCGUGUGCGGGAUGCGUCGGUGGAUUUAGUGCUGACGCUGUGUUGA